AUGGAGUCAGGGUGGGACGCGCUGAGAAUGCUGGGGGCGGUCACCGCCGUGUACCUGCUUCUGUGGGCCGCCUGUGGGGCGGGCUACACAGUCUAUGUUUACCUGCUACCACAGGCAUGCCGGGGAGCCCCUUGGCUCCGCGCCGGAGCCUGGGCAGUGGUGACAGGAGCCACCAGCGGCAUUGGCAAGGCCUAUGCACACGAGCUCGCGCGGAGAGGUCUGAACGUUGUUCUCAUCAGUCGAAACCUGAGCAAGUUGAAGCACCAGGCAAAGAAGACAGAGCGGCUUCAUGGCAGGAUCACACGAGUCAUCCAGGCCGACUUCACCGGGGACUUGGAGAUCUACGAGGCCAUUGAGGCGGGAGUGAAGGACCUGGAGAUGGGAGCGCUGGGAAUGUCCCCACACCUGUCCCAAACAGCUCCAUGCUCACCUGACUCGGAACCGUCUUAUGUCCGGGCAGUCCCCAGCAGACCCCAGCACUGGGCCUGGGUGGAGGCGGCUCUCCGGGGACGGUGUCGGAGGGAUGGGGCUGAACUUGAGGAGGAGGGGGCAGGCGGAGGAAGUGGAAAGGGAAAGACGGGCCAUCCCCGCUCUUCUCUGCAGAUGACUCGAAUUCCCCAAAUGGCCACCAGGCGCAAAGGCAUCAGCAUCAACAUCUCUUCAAUGGCCGACAGGAGACCGUAUCCACGGUUAGCAACGUACUCAGCAUCUAAGGCCCUCGGGCGAGGCUUCUCGGUGGCGGUGGGCGCAGAGCACUCCGGGCAGGGGGCACUUCUUCACACAGUGAGCCCUUUUAAGGCCCACACAAAUAUGACCAGUCACUUGAAACUCAGUCCGUUUCUGAUGAAUUCCGAAGACUUUGCUCGACAGGCUUUGGACACACUAGGCCUCACCUCCCAAACCCCCGGGUGCCUCAGCCACGAUGUGCAGGUGCCUCCACGGGGCCAUCACGGGCAGAGGGCUGGGCGGGACAUUCCCCGGCCCAGGAGCCCUAGUCGCCAGAAUGGAGGAAGCGUCCAGAGGAGGGGAGGGCGCCCCCCCUGGGCUGGAGAGACAGGAGGAGAUGGGACCCCAAGGGUGGGGCGUGUCCUGAUCCCCAGUGCCUCUCCUUCCCAGGGUUUCCUGCUGCUUGGCCCGCUCUCCUGGAUUUUUCUCUGGGUAGGGAAAAUUGGUCUGUGAGGAGUCAAGUUUUUCUCUCUGUUGGUGAACUAGUAUAUCCCAAAAUUCUGUGAUAAAAGGUGUUGAAGGGGCGUGGUCACUGUGUGCUCCCCCCCAAGCCCUCUACCCCGUCCACCCCGGGCUGGGACUGCUGACGUUAGCAAACGUGUCCCACACGUGGGAACAACCGGACAAGCAGGCCAACGGAACAGAACUGGACUCUGGAACACCUGGAUGUUUAGUGACAACUGAGCCAUCUCAAACCUCUGACAGGAAGAUGGAGUUUUCAUAUAAGAUUGUAGCAGUGACAGUGGCGAAACUUCGUGACUACAAUAAAAAUCACUUGAGUUGCACACAUUUAAGGGGUAAACUUUGUGGUAUGUGAAUUUCAUCUCAAUAAAAAUAAUGAAAAAAUUGUAAAUUGUAAGUGGCCCUGUGAACUCAUGUAAUACUUCCAUCUGAAGUCUACUCUGAUAUUAAUAUGGUCACACCAGCUUUUUUUCUUUUGGUUGGUAUUUGCAUUGUACAAAUGCUCUUCAUCCAAAUUAAAUAAUACUUUAAAUAAUUUAAUAACUUUAAUAACAAUAAAUUCUGUUAAUCUAAA